GUUCUUCGUAGUUUGCAGUAAUUAGUACGCUAGUAUUCCAUAGUGAACACAGCCUGUGAUUUGAAGACUCGCUAGCGCACACUGGAACAGCUGUUGGUCUGAUUUAGAGCAAGUCAUCAACAAUUACGCUUAAUUUAGAGCAUGAAUUGACGCUGCUUCUGUAAGUGUUGUGUAUAUGCGAGAGUUUUGGGGCAUAGGAGCUGAACAUGCAACCAAAUGUAUAAUUUUUUCAGCCGUAUAUGCGUCAGUUAUCCAUUUACUCAAACUCCGUAAAGUCUGUGAUUAUUUAUCCCUGCAGUGACUGAAGGGCCUUACGUUGUUGAUGAACGGAACGGACCACAGUUCUACCUUGUUUUUGUUGUUUUUUUGUUUUACUAAAUUUUGAUCAUUAUUUAGUCAUUAAAAAUUAGAUUUCCAACAAUGUUGUGACGUUGGGGGACACCUGCAAAUCCCAAACACCAUGUUUUCCACAAGAGAGAAUCGGUGUCACCGCUUCCAGGCCAACAUCUUCAAUAAAAGUAAAUGUCAAAACUGCUUCAGAACCGUGGAUUCGCACAAACUCGGCGAGGCAGAUCUGUAUCAGACUAAGCUUGUUCAGGUGGGGUGGCUUCUCCUGGCCCCUGAGGGCACAGACUUCAGCAGUGCUGCCCAUAGGAAACGGAAAUGGCAGAGGAGGUAUUUUGUGCUUUAUGAGCAUGGACUUCUACGCUACUCUUUGGAUGAGAUGCCAGGUACGUUGCCCCAGGGAAGUGUGAAUAUGACCCAGUGCUGUGAGGUUCUUGAUGCUUCAGCUCAAUCCGGCUUCCAGAACUGUCUGAGGCUUUGCUUCAAUGACAGAGAUUACUAUAUCAGAACAGAAAAUACAGACAGCUUCAGCAUCAGUAGGUAA